AUGUCUGGUCAUGACCUUGAGAAGAACGGAUACGCCAACGGCGUACAGGUUUCGGACGGCCUCGCAGCCUCCGACAAGCCCGAGGGGGCGUCGACUACGGUGGAGGCGGUAAACGCCAGCGGGCACGUCGACAAGUUGACGCGGCAUUACGGCCUGCUCAGUAUAUGUGCGACGGCUCUAACGGUUGACUCGGCAUGGAUCGCGCUGGGAGGCUCUCUGGUUGUUGCUUCUGCAAACGGUGGUCCACCAGGAAUCAUAUACGAGUUCUUGGCAGCUUGUUUCUAUUAUUCGUUCAUUGCUGCCUCCAUCGCCGAGCUCGCAAGCUCUAUACCAUCUUCCGGAGGAGUAUAUCACUGGGCGUCCGUCACUCCCGGACCUCGGUUCGGUCGCGCUCUCGGCUUCUUCUGCGGUUCGAUGAACUUCUUCGGUUGGGUCUUCGACCUCGCAUCGAUCGUCACCAUACCCUCCAACAUCGCCGUUCAGAUGUAUGCCGUCUUCCACCCAGAUUACGUGGUGGAGUCGUGGCACGUCUACAUCGCGUUCCUCAUCAUCAACUGGGGAUGCUGCUUUUUCGUCAUAUUCUGCAAUCACCUCAUGCCGACGGUUCAGAACCUCGGGCUGUUCUUGGUCGUGGGUGGUGGCAUCAUCACGAUCAUUGUCGUCGUCGCCAUGCAGCCUCAUCAUGCUUCCUCUUCCUUUGUUUGGACUGAGUGGACAAAUACGACGGGCUGGUCAAACGGAGUUGCCUUCCUGACGGGCAUGCUCAACGGCGCAUUCACCAUUGGUACUCCGGAUGCGGUUACGCAUAUGGCUGAGGAGAUGCCUAACCCCCGGAGAGAUCUACCAAAAGCGGUCGCUGCACAGAUCAUCCUAGGAACCCUUACUGGGUUUUUCUUCGUUGUCGCCAUCAUGUAUGGUAUCACGGACUUCGACGCGGUUCUGACUAGCAACGGGUCAUUCCCGCUGGCUGAAGUGUACGCACAAGCCACGGGAAGCAAAGGCGCGACAUUCGGACUGUUACUGAUCAUACUAUUGGCUAUCCUUGUGUGUACCAUUGGCACGUUCGUCACCGUCGGGCGGAUCCUGUGGACCUUGGCCCGCGACAACGUCACUCCCUUCCCGUCUAUCCUUGGCAAUGCGUCAACGCGAUGGAGCUGCCCGAUAGAGUCUACCCUUCUCGUCGGCGACAUCCUUUUCUGGUUAGCUAUCCUCUCGACCGGGUUUGGGGCCAUUCAGCUCGGGAGCAAGACCGCGUUUACUGACCUUGUCGGGAGCUUCAUCAUCCUAACAACGACAAGCUACGGCCUAGCCAUCGUUCCCCAUCUUCUGAGCGGACGCUCCAAUGUACCCAUUGGUCCGUUCUGGAUGGGAAAAUGGGGUUACUUAGUCAACGGCUUUGCCGUCCUGUUUAUCAUCCUCACGGAUAUCUUCUACUGCUUCCCAUACGCUCUCCCGGUGGACGUCCCGACCAUGAACUACAACUCUGUUAUCCUUGCCGGCAUCGUCUUCAUCACGACGGUGUGGUGGUUCAUUCAUGGAGCACGUAAGUACCAGGGCCCUCACCUUCCCCACUUGGAUGAAGUCGGCCAUGAGGUGAAGGCGUUGAUAUGA